AUGCUGUCAACUCUGAGAAUUGCCAGCCGCACUGUUGCGGUGAAGGAAACCGGCGUGCGCAUUCUUGCUUACCGACAAGCCUCCACCUGGGCCAAUGUGCCCCAGGGACCUCCAGACGGCAUUUUGGGCAUCACAGAAGCUUUCAAAGCUGAUACUUUCAACGAGAAGAUCAACCUCGGUGUCGGUGCUUAUCGCGACGACCAAGGAAAGCCAUACGUCCUCCCUUCCGUCAGAGCUGCCGAAGCUAAGAUUGUCAACUCGAAGCUGGAUAAGGAGUAUGCUGGGAUCACUGGUGUUCCUUCUUUCAUCAAGGCCUCUUCGGAGCUUGCUUAUGGAGCCAACAGCGCCGCCGUCAAGGAAGGGCGCAUUGCCAUCACACAGUCCAUUUCGGGCACCGGUGCCCUGAGAAUAGGAGGCGCUUUCUUGGAACGAUUCUACCCCCAUGCAAAGGCCAUUUACAUUCCCAACCCCAGCUGGGCCAACCAUUCCGCUAUUUUCAAAGAUUCCGGACUCAAGGUCGAGAAAUACAGAUAUUACAACAAGGACACAAUUGGCCUUGACUUCGAGGGCUUCGUUGCUGACUUGAAGGCCGCCCCUGCGAACAGCGUUUUCUUGCUCCAUGCUUGUGCCCACAACCCAACUGGAGUUGAUCCCACCCAGAAGCAGUGGACUCAGAUCGCUGAGAUUAUGAAGGAGAAGGGCCAUUUGGCUUUCUUCGAUAUGGCGUAUCAGGGCUUCGCAAGUGGAGACAUCAACCGCGACGCUUUUGCUUUGCGCCACUUUGUCCAGCAAGGCCAGCCUGUUGUCUUGUCCCAAAGCUUUGCGAAAAACAUGGGCCUCUACGGUGAACGUGUUGGCGCUUUCUCUGUUGUCUGCGAGUCGGCUGAGGAGAAGCAGCGUGUUGAUUCCCAGAUCAAGAUUCUUGUUCGCCCUCUGUACUCCAACCCCCCCAUUCACGGCGCCCGUAUCGCUUCCACAAUCAUGAACGAUGCCACCUUGAACCAGCAGUGGCUUGGCGAUCUUAAGGGUAUGGCCGACCGUAUCAUCGAAAUGAGAGCUCUUCUCAAGAAGAACCUUGAGGCAUUGGGAAGCAAGCAUGACUGGAGUCAUAUUACCAACCAGAUCGGCAUGUUCGCCUACACUGGUCUCAACCCCGAGCAGAUGGAAAAAUUAACCAAGGAGCACUCCGUUUAUGCCACCAAGGAUGGCCGUAUCUCCGUCGCCGGCAUCACCACAGGCAACGUCAAGCGACUUGCAGAGUCCAUCUACAAAGUCACCGGCUAA